AUGGAUGAUUACGCAUUCGGCCACAAGCCAUUGAAUUCAUUCUUCGACCAAGAACGUAUGGCUGGCUACAAACCAGGCUUAUACCAUCCUGUCUCUUUGGGAGAUCGUUUCAAAGAUGUUCGCUACCAAAUUCACCACAAGCUUGGAUGGGGAGGCUAUUCGACAGUCUGGCUGGCCAGAGACACAAUGAGCGACGAAUGGGUUGCAGUCAAGAUCCUGAUAGCCCUCACCGAACAAGAAAAGGCAUCGAAAGAGAUACGCGUCCUGCGGGACCUGGCGGCUAAUUCAAUGACCAACGAGACUCACGCCGUUCAUGUCAGCUCAUUUAACAUUGCAUUCACUGGGAGCAAUCUACGGCAUGCUUCCGAGCAAGAUAUCUUGAGAAUCGUCGGGACCCCAGUCGUUGAAGCCCUGAUCCGCGAAGACGGCCAACCGGUCGAGCCGAGAUUCCCCAAGCACAUCGUGAGGCGGGCCGAGUGGGAUCAUUGGCUGGAUGAGGACGAGGAAGAUAUCCGACUGAUCGACUGGGGCGAGUCGUUCAGGCGGGGCGAGGCUCAGCCCACUGACUGCAAGGCACCCGAAACCAUCUUCACCGACCGCCUGGAUUAUCGCAUUGAUUUAUGGACGGCCGGUAUUGUUAUAUAUCACAUGAUAUUCGGACACAGGCCCUUUGGAGCAGACGGAGGAGAUGCGUCCCUCGUGUCGCAGAUGGUUCAUUUUGUGGAGGACCUGCCGGACGAAUGGAAAGAGAAAUGGCAGGCAAUGAAAGAGGAGUACAUAAAAACACGCCAUGACGAUGCGUUCGAGAUGCCGGAGGCGUCGCCUCUCGAGAAAUGCUUCGAUGAUCUCGUAGAAGACCCACUCGAUCCACCCCUCCGCCCGCUCCUGCCGGUUAUCAAGGGGCUAAUGAGGUUCCGCCCAACCGAUCGAAUGGCGGCCUCACAGGCUUUGGAGCUGCUUUCGGAGAUUGAUACCACGAGCCGCUGCCAUUGUCGACAUCCUUCGCCGUCGCCCAUCGUGGAAUCGGCCAAGGCGUCCGCAGACAGCCACGCCUCGGAGAAGGCCUCGGAGAAGGCAUCGUCGGAACUCGCCGUCUCCCAGGCAGUCAGAACUCUCCUCCAAAGCCAGAGCCGUGAUGGAAGCGCUACGGUCAAGACAGCGAGCCUUGCUUCCGAGGGCCUCAACGUGAGAGCACCUGGCGGCACAUUACACCCCGUCAAGACACUGCCCCGGGCGCUCCUCAACACAUUCAGACCCGACCGAGUUAACUUUUUCAGAAAUGCCACGUCGAGCUGGUUCGGGAGGAACGCGGACGAGAGCAGCGGGAGGGCCAUCUUGACCGAUUUGACGGGCCUAGUCAAGCCCGGGGAGAUGCUGUUCGUCCUGGGCAGUCCCGGCAGCGUUUAUGUCUGCUGGUACUGCGAUCUGCGAGACCGUCACAAGCGCCGCUGUGCCCAGACUUUCAACAAACCCAGACGCUCCAAGCGACGCCCCUGCCGCGCCUGUGCCGUAUCCAAGCUGGGCUGCGACCAGGAGCAGCCGUCGUGCCGCCGUUGCCUGACCCGGAACAUCUCAUGUGAGUACGUGGGCGACACUGCCGAUGCAGAGAGCGCAAACCCACAGAAGACUACCGGCAAGGCGGUGGCGGACGUCAACCCAGACCACAGCUGUGACCACAACCACCGAGACCAAGGCCGGUCAGGCCGUUUUCCUCGGCUCUGA